AUGGGCCGCUAUGAGCUGGAGUAUCCCAAGGACAAGGACAAUUCCGUGAAACGAUACAACCAACUAGCGAGCUACUCCCUAAGAACCAUCCAUGGCAUCGUCAACUCCGCCCAGUUCGUCAACCUCUCCUUCAACCCGCCCAACUCCCCAUUCCCCGUCAUCCUCCCCAUGAUCGGCCAGAUGGGCUCCUUCGACCGCCCCAGCGCCGACGACGGCGACCCCCUGGACCUCUACGUCCACGGCUACGUCUCCUCCCGCCUCAUGAACCUCAGCCGCGACGGGAACGGCGACGGCGACGGCGAACACCCCGCCGGCAUGCCCGUCUGCGCCUCCGCCACCCACGUCGACGGCCUCGUCCUCGCCCUCUCCUCCUUCAGCCACAACUACAACUACCGCUCCGCCAUCCUCUUCGGCCACGCCACCCUCGUCCAGGAUCCGGACGAGAAACUCUGGGCCAUGGAGCUCAUCACCAACAGCGUCGUCCCGGACCGCUGGCGCCACAGCCGCCUGCCCGUCACCUCCGCCGAGCUGCAGAGCACCGCCCUGCUCAAAGUCAGGAUAGCCUCUGCCAGCUCCAAGAUCCGCGACGGCCAGGCCGAGGACCCUAGGGCCGACUUGGAGAACGAGGCUGCCGUCGGUAGCAUCUGGACGGGGGUUCUGCCCGUCCACCAGACCAUCGGCGAGCCGCUCCCGGGACCGAACAACAGGGUCGACCUGCCGGGGUACAUCGCGGAGUAUAGGAGCAGCUUUAAUGAGGACGGGAGAGAGCACAGUAUUAACGCGGCGAAUAACAAAUGA